GCAGCUCUGAGGAGUACCCGUUUCUAAAAUACGACACAGGAGCCGGGCUGUUGAACGUUUUGCUUUUACGUGGCUAUCAUAACCUUUUCAGGAUUGCAUUACUUGGAAACGGAGCUGAUAUCAAUGCACAAGGUGGACUUUUUGGCAACGUAUUAUAGGUGGCAAUAGUCAAAAGAGAGGAUACAAUUGCGAUAGAACUACUGGAGAAGGGAGCUGAUAUCAAUCUAGGGGGUGGAUUCUUCGGCAAUGCACUGCAAGCAGCUAUAUCCAAAGGGAGCGAAGAGAUCAUAGAAAUAUUGAUCGAGAAACGAGCUAAUGUUAAUGCUCAGGGCGGAAUUUUCGGGAACGCCUUGCAGGCAGCUGCGGUCAGGGGAGACACUGAUAUCGUGGAGCUGUUGCUCAAGAACGGAGCCGAUAUCAAUGCCCACGGUGGCAUCUUCGGGAACGCCUUACAAGCAGCCGUAGCCAAGGGAAAUGAGAAAAUCGUGGCCUUACUUCUGGAGAAAGGAGCCAACAUCGAUGCUCAAGGUGGCAUCUUCGGCAACGCAUUGCAAGCAGCUUUAGCGGCGAGACAUGAGAAUCUAGCCCUAACGCUUUUCAAAAAUGGAGUUGAUUUCAAUGCCUCAGGCGGUAUCUCCG